UAUCACUCCAGAACGGUAGGUGUCAGUAAUGCCCAUUGCUUGUCAUGAAAAGGAAAAUAAAGGAUUCUGCCCUUGACAACAAUGGCAACUGCUACAAAAAUUAUCCAGAGGCUCAGAAAUCUUUUAUCGGGGGUAAGCCAUAGCUAGAUCUCUUCACAUUGUGUAUUUAGUGCAAGUGUCAUGAAUGUAAAGUUAGCUAAUUUAUUUCAAGUUGCCAACACAUUUGAAGAGUUUACAGCCUGUCGAUCUGGUUCUAAGGACACAUAGCUUAUUAGUUGUGUGACAUUGCAUGUUGGCAGUGGAAUAUUCUUUAAAAACAAGUUAUUACACUUAAUUCACCUGAUCAAAUUUCCACAGCAUGAUCUGCAAGCAAAGCUCCAGAUGCGUUACGGUGAGAUUGCAAAGAGGUAAGUGGCAACUCAUUCAUGUAUUGAAUGUUUGAUGAUAGCUAAGAAUCUAUUUAGGCAGAACGUUUUCAGCUGGUUUUGCAUGACGAUCAAAUGGGAGGGGAGGAAAGGAUGGUGUUUGUACACUUUGUAAAUUCCACAAUCUUUGUUACAAUCUUUUGUGCAGGACCCAACCACCACCCAAACUUCCUGUUGGGCCCAGCCACAAGUUUGCCUUCAAUUACUAUAAUGGCAGAGAUGGGCGUAGAGAGUCUGCACCAGCCAUGAUCGUGAUGUCCUGUCAAAAGGCCUUGACUGCUGGGUAAGUGGGACAUAAUAAAGGCUAUGACAGUGGAACAAGUGUUGGGAUUCCUUCUCUGGCAAGCUGGGUGGAAGUUGAGAGUGCAUAUGACUACUUUUCUGUACAGUUUCCAGGCAGAGUCAAAGCAGUCCCGCGUAGAUUAGACUGCAUUAGUCUCUUGUGAAAAAUGCCUCACUCACAGGACUACUCACUGACACUCCAACACACACACACACACUUCAUUGGCUCACACACACAUUCAUACUGACUACACACACUCGCAUACAAUCAUCAUAUACGCUGCUGCUACUCUGUUAUCAUAUAUCCUGAUGCGUAGUCGUCUUACCACUAUACAUAUCUAACCCUCCCACUUCAGUAUCCCUCCACAUUGUAAAUAUGGUAUUUGCACUGACCCUGUAUAUCACUUACUUACUUUCUGUUCUUCUUAUUUCUAUUUCUCGUGUGUUUUUGUUCUAUUUUACUUUAUUUUAUAGGACUAUGGAUAUUGAUUACUGCAUUGUUGGUAAAGAGCUUGCAAGAAAGGCCUUUCACUGUAAUUGUGCGCUUGACAAUACAACUUAACUUGCCUAUGCAGACACUUACAUCUGUAAAUGGCCAAUCAAGCAAUAUAUUUGGAAUAUAGUAAAUAUUUUUGACAGUAUUAUACAAUAUCGGUGUAUAUUUGAUUUAGCUAGAGAAUUUACUUUAUACUGUAUCUUCUGAGGGAUGUACCAACAUUUAACUUAUGCUUUAAUUUCCUUACAGCCAAGCUCUGGAGGUGCCAGCAAAGCAUCCAGUCACACCUGGUAAUGUUCCCAGGGAGCUAACGCUGUCUACAGACCAGCCAUUCCUCUGAACAACAACAAAUGGUUUAUUUUUCCUGACUUUCUGUAGGUCUGACAGCAGAGCACAAUGUUGCUAUCCCUAUAGUUGAAAUCUUGUAAAAUAUUAAAUUGUUAAUAAAUUAUGUAAUGUUAGAAGAAA